AAGACGGUAUGUCCAAUCCAAGGUCACGAUGAAUUUCUGUGUUAACUGGUUAUAUGUUUUCUUGAAUGCUAUCGUCGGGGAUUCUAGACAACACAAGCCCAAAACGAAACUACCUCCAGCGAGCAGUCAGAUGAGUAAUAAGUAGAUGUGCGUAAUGUACAAUAGACGUUCAUACGCAAGUAGUGUUUAAAAGUGGUUACAUAGAAUAGUAUUCUUCUAUUAGUUUCAAAGAACUCUCACAGUAGUCCUCAUAGUCAGGUUGAACCGAUUUCUGUACAUAAAUUCAUUAAGGUCAUCAAUCCGCUCAUAAGGUAGCUUCGUUUUGGGCUGCUAAAGUUUAGAGUCACCCUUCUGCCAUUGAAAUUUAAAGGUUUUUCCUGCACUUUUUGGGCAACACUAAAGAAGAGACACCAACUGCGGGCUACCCUGAAGCAGCUAAUCAGAUUCUUCUAGGUGGAAAGUGGUACUUAAUUCAUGAAAGUAUGUACCUAUGACAUAUAUGUUAUAGGAAUGAAUUAUACGGAGUAUAUAUCUGUAAUAUGCUGCAAGAAAUGGCACCAGUUUGUCAUAGAAGUGUUUAUAGACAUAUGAAACCAAAGUAUUCCCUAUUUCUGCAGCUUUAGGAGAUAUUGGUCGCAUAUACGCAAUAUAUUACUGAGGGGAUUUUCGAUUUCGAGAAGAUUCAGAUGAUAAGGAUAGAAUGCUCUUGUGGCCUGUGUUAAUCCUUGCAAAGUAUAUCUCUGCAGAGAUCUAACUUCUCUUUGAAAGCGUUCACCGAUGGAGCUGAUACUACUGAAUCAGUUCAGUCACAGUCAUGGAAAAUGCCAAAGCUGUCCUAAUGAAAAAGGAUGCUAUUCUUGAGCAUCCAUCUGUGCUAGCCGAAGCCAUUGAUUGUGUCCGAUAUAAUGACACGCGGACUGGACAAAACGAGGCAGAGGAAUUAUUGGUGGAAAGCUAUCAAGGAGCGAUUGAGUUUUUGUUCGAAUUGGGGACUUGGCUCACCUAUAUAGAUGAAGAUGCUCAGUCUACUCGCAAUAUUAUUGAAUCAGUUGUCAAGGAAGCUAUACUCCAAAAUUAUGAUCGUUCAAAGGCUAUAACAUGUUUAACAGAUGAAGCCUCAGCUGACACUAUGGAGUGGCUCAGUCAGAUGGUUGAAUCUCCGACUUGGCGCCGAACCAUAUAUGACUUAGCUCAGCACCCACGGAAUGAAGACUGUCCAUUUUUAUCGCUAUCUAUGCCGUGUAUUGCUGUAAAAGAAAGUCUGAUAGGCGAACUGAUAUCUGUUCCCCUUGCAUGGAAUACUCUCGGGAUAUUUCUAAAAUGCGUUAUAUACGUUUUACAACCAUUGCUAGCUGCCGGUGAUACAGUUAAAGAUCAAACCUUUAUGUAUUCUGUGGCGUUUUUACAACCGAAACGAUGUAAUGGUUCCAUCAAUUAUUCUGUUUCACAUUCGGAAAUGGAUUCAAUGAAUUCAGACUCCCUCCCGCCUAUUGAUGAAAUCAAAGGUUUCGUUUCUUCUGUUGACGACAAACGACAGUCAUAUAGCUCUUCAGAGGGAGAGAUUCAUUUUCCAAGUGAUACUGCACUAGAUAUGUUGCCUCACUUUUUGGAAAUGGGUUGUCAUAGUGAACAUGGAUACUUGCUUCUCCAGUCUAUCCUUCAGUGUUUAGCACGUCGGAUGAAGGGUCAUUGUGCUCACCAUCUUAUUUGGCUGCUGGAAGCUGAAGCUUGUCGAAGGGGCCGUGACGUUAGCCGUUACACAACAUAUCUUUGCGGUUCACGAGACUAUCCUGAGAGUAUGGAUUCAAUGCAAACAAUUCUUAAGGAACAAGAUUUAAUCCCAGAAGCAGUUUCACAACUUGAAAAAGCAUACAAAGGAGACGCACCUCCGCCUGUUGCACUUUUACGUCAACCCAUUUUCAUUGCACUUCUAGCUGAUGCACUGUUUGCAAGUGCAGAUCGACUAUUAAAUGAACAAUUAGAACAAUACGCCUACCUGUACAGCUAUGCUGCAAUGGUUGUUGAAGAAAUUGAUCCAACUACUGAUCGUCGUAUCUCAUGCAUUCGUACUGAAGUUGAUCAAGCGAAACACGAGGUUUUAGAAGCUAGUCGUAUCUGUCGACAGUGGAAUAAUAUGUCUGGAAGUGGAAUUAGUUUACGUGCAUUUCGAGAUCUUCCAACUCUUUUGAAAACUCUAUCAUGUCGACCUGUUUCAUUUGGUGUAUUUCGCUUUGUUCGAGUAGUUUUUCACACAAAGCGUGUUGACUUUGAGUUAAACUUGGACACUAUGAAACCUUACUGUAUAGUGGUGAAUGAACUGGCUGAGGUGAAUGUAUAUUUACGUCCUGCUCUUCUAGCGUUUAUUACAGAAUUACUAGCUUCUUCGGUUGAAGGAAUGGAAGAUUUAAGUCAGUUGGAGUACAAACGAAUGCUGGUCGGUUUACUUGUACAUUUGUUAUCGUGUGGACAUGUACUCCCUGUAAUAAAUACAAUGCGUAGACUGUUUGUACGAAAUCGUGUGGACGUUUCGAUUGUCCGACAUUUUGUUACAGAAGUGUUAAAAGUGGCUGCUCCACCAUACAAAACAUCCUUUUUGAAUGGGCUUUAUCCUCUGGUUGUACAUCCUGAUAUCAACGAUGGAUUGAAAGCAGGAAAGGACACCGAUUAUGUGAAUGAAUUCCUUGAUUAUUAUGAGAAGGAGAAUUUUUUGGCAUCAGGUUUCUGAAAUUCAGUUGAACGCUGUUAUGUACACAUAUGAAUGUUUUGCUCUUGUGCAGUUUUGUAUGCAGUAGAGUAAUACAUUUUCAAUUAAACAGCCU